AUGGGAAAAGGACCAAACGCCAAGAAGGGAGCCAAGAUCUUCAAGACCAAGUGCUCGCAAUGCCACACCGUUGAGGAGGGUGGACCCCACAAGCAAGGACCCAAUCUUUACGGAUUCUUCGGUCGUCAGUCUGGACAAGCUGAUGGAUACUCCUAUUCUUCCGCCAACAAGAAGUCUGGUGUUGUCUGGGGAGAGGACACUUUGUUCGAGUACCUUGAGAACCCCAAGAAAUACAUGAAGGGUACCAAGAUGGUUUUCGCCGGACUCAAGAAGCCACAAGACCGCAAGGAUCUUAUUGCCUACCUCCAAACCUCGACCUCUGCUUAA